AAAAAAAGUAACAUCUGAAGUUUAUUUUCCCAGAUUCAUUCACAAGAAAAGGAGAAAAUGGCGGACCUAGUCUCUAGCUGGUCUAAUGAAGGCGAAACACUUCCUCCAAGUUAUGUCUUACCAAUGCAUGAAAGGCCAGUUGAUCCAGUUCCAAUUGUUAAGGAAAUUCCAGUCAUUGAUUUGGGAAAAGCUAAGGGCGAAGAACGAGCUGUUGUCGUUCAACAACUUCUGAAAGCUUGUGAAGAAUAUGGUUUUUUCCAGGUAAUCAAUCAUGGAAUACCAGAAAAUCAAAUGGACGAGGCAUUGAAAGUGUACCAGGAAUUCUUCAGUUUGCCAGUAGAAGAGAAAGCGAAUUACGCAAAAGAGGCAGCAAAUGCCGCAAGCGGUGCAGCAACACUAUAUAGUAGUAGUGCUAGGCAUUAUGAAACAGAAGAGCAUAAAUACUGGAGGGAUGUUCUCGAGCACACCUGCAACAUUGACGGGGAAGAUAAAAGCAUUUGGCCUGAUAAACCUCUGAGAUAUAGGGAGGUUAUUGGUUCAUAUUCUGCUGAAGUGAGAAAGCUGAGCAAGAUAAUCUUGGGUUUGGUAAGUGAAGGAUUAGGGUUGGAGGCAGGGUAUUUUGACAAAGAUCUUGGGCAGAGAAUGCUUGCCAUUCUUUACCCAGAAUGCCCAGAUCCAAGUUUAACAUUGGGAGUUGGUGGACAUUGUGAUCCUAAUCUCAUAACAAUAAUCCAACAAGACGCAUAUGGCCUUCAAAUAUUAAAGGAUGGGAAAUGGAUUGGCAUAGAACCUCUACCUCGUGCACUUGUUGUCAAUUCUGGUUUAGCUCUGACGGUGAUUAGCAAUGGGAAGCUAGGAAGUGUAGCACAUAGAGUGGUGACUAACACAACUCGAGCACGGACAUCUAUUUGUACUUUCAUUUGUCCAGAAGAUGUCGUUGAGCCUGCAAAAUCACUUGUUAGCCCGUCCAGUCUCCCAUUGUACAAAUCCUUCAAAUGGCGUACUGAAUUUAUGCCCCAUUAUCUCAGCAAGAAAUCAGUGUAUUACGCAGCGUUGGAGCCUUUUAAGAUCGAUGCUUAAGCAUUGUCUGUGUGACGGAUCAGUGUUGCUGCUGCCACUUUUUUCUGUUUUCCCAAAUAAGAAUGGAUAUUAG